GCUACACUCUCAAUAUCCUGGUGGACUGUUGGUUUCACUACAUCACUGGAAUCAUGAAUAUCAUUCCCUCGUACCUCAUACUGAUGCUCGUAUUCCAUCCAGUCCUUACUGAAACCAAACGGUCAUCAUAUGUUAUGUAUCAACACAAAAAUGUCAACCAGAACGGGAACUAUGCAUUCCUAACACUUCAAAAUAUAUCGACACUGCAACUAUGCGCAACAAAUUGUCAUUUUGACAGUAAAUGUAACGCAUUUACCUUUCAAGCAGAUAGCAGCACGUGUCAAUUUGUACAAAAUGGUAGCUUCCCGUACUCACAGUUGAAGUCAGUUUUUGCAUCUCAGCCGCAAUUGUGCCAUGACAUGUCUUCGUCGACACCAUCGGGCGUGUACUCCAUCGUACUGGCACCUCCGCAUAUAGUUGAAGUUUAUUGUGACAUGGACACACUUGGAGGAGGAUGGACCGUCAUACAAAACAGGUAUGAUGGUAGCGUUGAUUUUUACAAAACAUGGGAAGAAUACAAAGCUGGAUUUGGAAAUGCAAGAUAUGAAUAUUGGCUUGGAAAUGAAAACAUCCAUUUGUUUUCAUCACUUUUUGGUGAAUGUGAGCUAGGGGUAGAAAUUGCAGAUGUUAACGGUUUAAUGUUCUUUGCGACUUACGAUAGAUUCCUUUUGGCCGGGGAAAGUGACGACUACAGGUUGACAGUUCUAGACGACUAUGUAGGGGAUAUGUAUCAUAACAAGUUUCAGUAUCACCAGUAUGUUCAAUUCUCUACCAAGGACAGGGAAAACGACCACAACUGUUCCCAGACAAUGCAUGGUGGAUGGUGGUACUCUUUAUUCUCAACAUGUGGCGGAAUCAAUCUGAAUGGUCGUUAUGAUCCGCAAAGUAGUACUUAUGACGUCAUGCACUGGGAAGAACUCACCGUUAGCUCUCCUUUCUACACGCCGCUCUCGGCGUCUAAAAUGAUGAUACGUCCAAAGUCGUAGCUUCAAACCAAGCUCCGAAACAGAGGGUGUUUUUCGUGAUAUAUGAUAUGAACUUGUGUUUUUACAAAAUUACAAAGGUACGGAUUUCGGGUUAUUUACACUUCUUUAGUCUCGGCCAAAUUUCUUUAAAUUGCAUCAAAAACAGCAUAGUCACAUGUAAAUAUGAUUACUUCAGUUCGGGUGAUUAGCGAUGAUUUUCAUUCCAUUAGUGCCCUGUUGGAAUAGAGUCCUCAGUAGUUAUUAUGUGCUUCAUAGUGAAUUUCUACUGUAAUGAUUUACAUGUAGUUUAGGAGCGUUGAUUCACACUUUCUUUUACGUUAAGUAUGCUAUAUAUUUCUGAUGAAAUUCUUAGUUUUAAUUUUUGCAAAAAAUGGUCACUUGGGAAUUUUUGGAGGGGUACCCUCCCCCUGGAACAGUGACGUAUCAAUCUUUUGGUAAGACCACGUGCAUUUUUUUGAUUACUAGGUUUUGUCAGUUUGUAAAAGUGGCAAUUUGAAAGCGUAACGAAGUAUUUAGAACACUUUUGUAGAAGGAGAAAUAUGAUAUUGCUUCCGUCCUUCACGUAAAAUAUAUUUAUCUUUACUAAUGUGGAACAUUUUAUUCCGAGACUCUUUCUCCUAAUUUUUCAUGAUUAAAUAAGUUGUUACAUGGGUUGUGACUGGAGCUUCUUAUGAUUUUAGUUGCAACUUAGACACAAACAGAAAUGUACAUUGUUGUAAUUUAUAUACAAGUGUACUUAACAUUAAGAUUUGAUAAAAUAUAGAAAUUAUCAUCGUUCUUAAAUCCUUUAAUUCUUCUAAUUUAUCAAUGCAGGCAAAGUGUCAGAAAGACAUCUUUGAUAUUUUGAAAGGAACUUCCUUCGAAUACCCAUUUCGAUAUAACAUCUGAUUUCAUUUGUUUUUGUUUGUUUUUGUUUUUGUUUUUAUUCGUAUUAUCAAUGGGUUGCGAAGUUGUGGUCCGCUCAUAUUAUGCUAGGUUUUAUCUCCUCUCACAAUAUGCUUUGUUUUAUCUCCUCUCAUGAUGUAUAGAGGAUAAGGAAUGGUUUCCCGUUUAUUAUAACAUAUACUUUACGAGAAUGGCAGAAUAUCGAUAUUUUCACGAUUGCUAAGCACGAAUGAAAAUUAUCGAAAUAUUCUGUCAUACGAGUGAUUCAAUUUUCUUUUUAUUGCGGUUUUUAUACUUAAUAACAAAAUAAUCAAAAUAUCACAUCUGAUUUCGUUCGUUUUUUUAUUCGCAUUAUCAUUGGGUUGGGAAGUUGUGUUCCUCUCAUAUUACGCCAUGGUUUAUCUCCGCUCACAAUUUGCUUUGUUUUAUCUCCGCUCACAAUAUGCUUUGUUUCAUCUCCCCUAACAAUAUGCUUUGUUUUAUCUCCCCUAACAAUAUGCUUUGUUUUAUCACCGCUCACAAUAUGCUUUGUUUUAUCACCGCUCACAAUAUGCUUUGUUUUAUCUCCCCUAACAAUAUGCUUUGUUUUAUCUCGUCUCACAAUAUGCUUUGUUUCAUCUCCCCUAACAAUAUGCUUUGUUUUAUCUCGUCUCACAAUAUGCUUUGUUUUAUCUCCUCUCACAAUAUUUAGAGGAUAUUGAAUGGUUUUCCGUUUAAUAUAACAUACAUGUAUAUUUCACGAGUAUUUGUUUUUCAUGCAGAAAUUAUAGGGUAGAUUACAAAUACAAUUUCUCACAUCAAUUACCCCUAAACUUGUAAAUUAUUCACAUUUGAUCAACAAUUAUGUACAUGAUAGAUUAUUCUAUUUUGACUAGCACUACCCAAUAUUUCACUGGGGCAAUGUAGCCGCUAACGUUACAGCCAGUCAGGGUCAAGGGUAGUGUAUUAGGUCACACCAUAUAAAUACCCAAUACUGCACUUGAGCAAUGCAACCAAAGAGUUACAGCCAGUAUUGUCCCAUUAUAUUUUUUCAUCUACCAGUUCGGCGUUGCAAGGAUUCCUUGCACUGUGUCACAUCUAUACGAGAGCAGAACAAUCACUCAAAUAUUUGUAGCAAACAGGACAUUGUCCCCACAGCUACAAACCAACGAAUCAACUGAGUCGAUGAAUAGUAUAAUGGUUUAUGUAGCCCCAAAAUAUGCCGAUAUAUGUAUAUAGAUAUGUUAUGUUGUAUAUAGGGUCUAGUAAGUAAUAACCACGGUAUGAUUCAAUAUAGGUACUGGAUUAUAACAAACAA